CCGGUAAUUGGCCCGAGGUUGAAACUUCAACUCCUACUACCAUAAUCCUCGCACCAUAAAUACUCCAAUUCCUUCUCCUUUCAAAUUCAGGUUAAGCUUAUCAUUUGCAAAACCACCAAGUCUUUGAGUUCACAAAACAGACACAAGUCCAACAAAGUCAGAGAGAAACUAACAAUGGCAGCUACAAACCAAGAUGAGCAACAAACAACUACUCAAGCUUUGAGACAUCAAGAAGUUGGCCACAAAAGUCUUCUACAAAGUGAUGAACUUUACCAGUAUAUUCUUGAAACUAGUGUUUACCCAAGGGAACCUGAAUCCAUGAAAGAGCUUAGAGAAAUCACAGCUAACCAUCCAUGGAAUAUUAUGACCACAUCUGCUGAUGAAGGACAAUUUUUGAACAUGCUUCUUAAACUCAUCAAUGCCAAGAACACCAUGGAAAUUGGUGUUUACACUGGUUACUCUCUUCUCGCUACCGCUCUUGCUCUUCCUGAGGAUGGAAAGAUAUUGGCAAUGGACAUCAACAAAGAGAACUAUGAAUUGGGUCUUCCAGUAAUUCAAAAGGCUGGAGUUGCCCACAAGAUUGAAUUCAGAGAAGGUCCUGCUAUGCCUGUUCUUGAUCAAAUGGUCGAAGACGAGAAGUUCCACGGAUCAUAUGAUUUCAUCUUCGUUGACGCCGAUAAAGACAACUACAUUAACUACCACAAGAGAUUAAUCGACUUGGUGAAAAUCGGUGGAGUAAUCGGUUAUGACAACACCCUAUGGAACGGAUCAGUUGUUGCACCAGCUGAUGCUCCUAUGCGCAAAUAUGUCCGAUACUACAGAGACUUUGUUAUUGAGCUUAACAAGGCUCUUGCAGCUGAUCCUAGAAUUGAGAUUUGCCAACUUCCUGUUGGUGAUGGAAUCACUCUUUGUCGCCGUGUCAGUUAAUUCCACUCAAGUCGCUUCAUCAUUCGUUCCCCCACCACCACCCACUCCAACAGUACAACCAACAACCCACCUACUUUUUAUUCGGGUUGACCCGCUUUUCUAAAUUGAAACUUUUUUUUAAAUGAAAAAUAUCUUCUUUUUACUUCAGUUGUGAUCAAUUAUGGAGAAAUGUAUCAUGGGAUGCUUGGAUAAACCAAUCCAAUUCCCCACCUGUUUUUCUUUCGAAGUCAUCCUUUUUUUUCCUAUGUGCACUAUUUGAUUGUAAUAAAUAUAUUAAUAUGAAAUGGGAAAUUUUUACUUAAUCAACACAA